AUGGCUGGCGCUUGCUUGGUGGAGAACUUGAUCGAUGAAGAGGCAGCAGAGUCCUUGCGCGCUUUCCUGGGUACCUGCCCAAUCCCGGUGGCAGCUCCAGAUGCGCUCACCGCAUCCUACUGGGCCACCUUCGAGGCUCCGACGAAUCCCGUGGAGCAGCUGAUCGCUGUGCUCCGCAGGGCGCCAGCCUUGGACGCAGUGCUCCGCCAUAGCGUUGGGGCUGAGUGGUGGUGGCAAGACACCGAUGAGACGGAUCCUCCCAAGGUCUUCCAUACCGAUUGCAACCUUUGCUUCCGUGAUGGAGCCGCAGAGAGAUCAUAUCCGGACUGGAGCUCGGUGCUCUAUCUCACUGACACUGGUGGAGCCACUGCGAUCUUUCAUCGUGAAGAGGUGUUGGCUAGCUGGCCUCGGACAGGAAGGUAUUUGCUUUUUCCUGGUUCACAUCUCCACUGCGUGUUGUUUCCUGAAGAGAGACAGCACUUCGAAAGGAUGACCCUCCUCAUCAACUGGUGGACUCACGAACCACACGGUUUGUGCAACUUGGCAGCGUAUCUGGGGGAGCCGAGCAGCUGUGCUGCAUCAGUUGCAAGAUGGGGAACAAUUGGGAUCUAUUGA